UCCAGGUUCUCUAGGCGUGGUUAGAAGAUUAUUAAAUCCAUGUCCCCAAAAAAAGCUUUUUUAUUAUUAUUAUCAUCGUUUAUGUUUGCCUGGAGUCGUAGAGCACUGGGCAAGACUAUUUUAGUUACAGAUUAGACAAAGGUAAAAACAAAACUGAUGGACUACUGCUUUGGAUGGAGACAGAUUUUUACGAUUAUUAUUAUUAUUAUAUCCGUGACAUCCGUCGUAUAUUACUAUCAUUUUAUUAGCAUGGAUGAUUGAAACCUGACGUUGUUUGCUCUGUCAGCUGUUCCUAGACGACAGCGAGAGGAACAUCGCCAUGAGGAAAGCGCUCGGCCUCCGCACCGCCCUGGUACGUAACACAACCAUCCUCACCGUUCUGUUCUCCAACACGUUUCUGCCGUGCUCAAAAGUACGUGUGGUAGUUGUUGGAUCGUCAGGUGGUUGGCACACACCACAUCGCACGAUAGUUAUGGAGUACUAGACUUUGCUACCCACCAUCGGAUGGUGACGGUGAUGGAUUCCCCCCUCGCAGUCCCUAUCAUGUAGACGCCAUGGAGAUUGGGCUGUCCUCCAUAAUUCAGACUGAUCUUAUUUGCUCAUACGCGCUUAUAGUGGCCGUCCAUCAUUAAUCAUUAAUCUAGAUGAUGAUUGGCGCUCUACAAGGCCGGGUUCCCAUAGUAGGAGCAGUUUUUAGCGCGGCCUCGUGUUCCAUACCGAGUCGUAUCACAGGUAUGGAGGUGAUGAUCACUUUUGUUUGGCAAAACGAAUGGUAAGUACAAUUUAAGCCAUUUUCGUUGAUUGUAGUUGACUUGUUGUAAUUUCUGGUUAUGGUUGUGGUGCUCAUGGAAGGUGAGGACUCUACAUAUCUUAUAUUGUUUCAUUGGUUGAGUGCAAUACAUGUAUUCUUAAUCUGGCGUGAUGUUACUUGUUUUGUAGAUACACAAUGUUUGCUAACAUCAUCGACUCGAGCCAGGUGAGGGUUCAACAUGGAAGUUCAUCGAGGUCUGCUGCUCGUAGCUCCCUUCGCUCCACUCAAGAUCCAGCAGAAGUGGAGCAACUGCGAGAAGAACUUAGGCGACAUCAGGAUUACUUGAAGCAACAAGCUGCGCAACAUGAAUAUUAUGCUACACAGAUUCAGCAACAUCAAACACUCAUACAACAACUAGCACAGGCCCAAGGGAUACACGUCCCGGUGCCCCCCACCUCCCGUUCAUUAUACUUAGCCUUCACCUCCACCUAUACCUACAUCUCCAUCUACCGAACAUCAGACCCCUCCAGCUACCUUGCCGAUGCAUGAACAAGAGGACGAGUUAUACUUUGUCAAAACCCUCUUCAAUAGUGGAGAUAUCGACCAUCACUCUUCACUGUAACCCGAUGGUGAUCGGCGACCGUGAGCUUCCAUGUUAUUGCGUUCUGAUACUUGAGACUUUUAUUAUAACUAUGCAUGAGAUAUUGUCUCUUA